AUGUGGCAACAGUUCCGUCAGUUGGCCCCAGAGGCGGACCCAUUUCCGGAAGUUUUACCGGCGGAAUUCCUCACCCUCAUUUACUCGCUGAAGCUGAAAGACUUAAACUCGGCCAUAGCACAAACACCAUGUCAUCCCCAAAUUAUUGCAUGUGUUGGCUUCUUCCGUGUAGGGGAGCUCAUCCUGUCUAAAGCUACAUUGCGUUUGGGAAAGGUCUGCUUAACAUUACAUUACGUCAUUAAAAAAACCCAGCUUGGUGCUCCGGAAACAAUAGGCAUAAAAAGUUCUAAUGACACAGUUUGUCCCGUAAGCUCUCUCGUGCAGUAUCUGCGCGUGCGCCCAAAAGUUGCGGGACCCCUAUUCUGCCAUUUUGAUGGCUCCCCUGUCACUAGGUAUCAGUUCACAUCGGUGCUCAAAAAGGCAUUGAGAGAUGCAGGUCUUGACUAUACGCGGUUCAGUUCUCAUAGCUUUAGGAUUGGUGCAGCCACCACAGCCGCUCUUAAGGGCAUUUCUGCUGAGCAGAUACAGAGGGCCGGUCGAUGGUGCUCACAGGCCGUCCGCAGAUACAUUCGCCACAAUCUAGUUAACGUCCCCGAUCUGUUAUAA